GAGAAAGAGCGACUGAAAGUGGACCAUCCGACUCGCCGUAGCCAAGCGAUAGCCUAGCGAGCUGCGAGGCACGCCUCUAGUCAAUGAACGUUGGAAAGAUGGCGACGGCAUAUGCACAAUCGAAAGUCCACCUUGCCGGCGGUUCUAAAGUGCUUCAAAGAGAUUCUUAACCGUCUUUUGUGCAAAAACCAAACGGUGCAAAAUCCGCUCGCUGCCCCCUGGACAUGGUUUAGUCCAUGCACGGCGAAGAAUCGGACGCCGCUUUCUCGCCAUGGAGCCCCCAGAUCGCUCCAAGCCCAGCAGGCAGGGCAACCCAGUGGGAGAUGAAUCCCGGCACGACUCUCAAAUGGAGGAAUCCUGGGAUUCACCCAGUGAGGAAGAGGAGCCUCUGUAUGCUACAUCACCCCCUUGCACACCCCGUCAGAUGAAACGAAUGUCUGGCAAACAUCAGAAAAGCAGCCAGUCCAGAAGUGGUGGACGUUCUCCCUGCAAAUCGGACCUCUGCACAUCUGUCCAGAAAGAAAGCCUCAGGGCAGCAGAGACAGCCGAGGAGCACAGAUACAAUCAGGGCAAGAAGCAGAGGGCCACCCUACGCUCCACUGAGAGAGACAACAAGAAGACCUUUGAAGGCUCCUUCAUGCUGGAUCCGUUAUCCAAAUCAGGCCCCUUCGGCGCCCUCAACAUGGACCCCAGGAUGCACUACCUGAGUUUGGGCUGCGGCAGUUGCAAACUGCCCGUGUCCAUGCCCCAUAUCGCCCGCACCCACCGCCAGACUUCUCGGACAGACUGUCCCGCAGACCGUCUCAAGUUUUUUGAGACCCUGCGGCUGCUGCUCAAGCUUACGUCCAUGUCCUCCAAGCGCAAGGAGAAAGAGCAGCGAGGCCAGGAGAACAUGGCCUUCAUGGGGCACAACAAUGAAGUCAUCUGGCUGGAGCUACAGGCGUGGCAUGCACGGCGCUCCAUCAGCGACCAGGAUGUUUUCCUCUUUACAGCCCGUCAGGCCAUCCCUGACCUCAUAAAUGAGGUGCUAUAUUUCAAGGUGAACUACGACAGCCUGAGACAGGCUCCGUGUUCAGGGUCCCAAACAAUUCAUGUGGACUGCCGGACUAUUAGGUCUGAUCCAAAUCUCAACUGUAAAGAUCAAUGCAUGUCCCCUGUAGUGGAGAGCAACCACUUUGGCAUGGAUCCCUGGGGCUUUAACGCUUGCCCAACGACUUCCAUGAAUGCUGCACAGCCUGUGGGGUCAGGCGCCGACUGCAGGGAUCACCUACAGAGACAGCGACUUGCCUUUGAGCAGGUCAAGCGGGUUAUGGAACUGUUGGAGUACGUUGAAGCACUGUACCCCUCGUUACAGGCCCUGCAAAGGGACUAUGAGAAGUAUGCGGCACGAGACUUCCAGGGCAGAGUGCAGGCGCUCUGUUUGUGGCUCAACAUCACCCAGGACCUCAAUCAGAAGCUGCGCGUCAUGGCCACAGUCUUGGGCCUCCGGGAUCUGUCUCGCAUUGGCUGGCCAGUUUUUGAAAUACCGUCCCCCCGCUGCUCUCGUGGCAACGAGGAAGAUGACAACGAGGAGGACGAGGAGAACGACUCCAGUGCCACUUUCACAUCGGAAAGAGUCGGGGAGGACGGGGACGCUGAGGAGGAGCAAGAGCAGGAGGAGGAGGGGACAGUGGGUUGUAUCUUAGCGGAGGGAAAACUAUCUCCUACCCUGGCUCCCAAAUUUUCCCAGUUGUUGUUAGAGGAAGAGUUUCUUCCUACGGUAGGAUCGGGGAGUCCAGAGCCAGCAGGAGAAGGAGGCAUGUUCUGUCCCACAGCCAUUUACAGGCCCUUUGUGGAUAAAGCACUGAAGCAGAUGGGACUGCGUAAACUUAUCCUGAGACUGCACAAACUGAUGGACCGCUCUCUCCAAAGGUCGCGGGCAGCCCUGCUGCGCCACACGCCUGCACUGGAGUUUGCUGACUUUCCGGACCCCAUGCUGUACAACGACUACCUGCCAGAGCUGUCCCGGAACGGCUCCUGCAGCGGUUCGGCUGACCCAGAACUUGGAGCGGACCAGGUGUCCUGGGAGGAUCUAAUGGACAUGGACCUCCCCUCCUUCCGACCAGCAUUCCUUGUGCUCUGCAGAGUCCUCCUCAACGUCAUCCAUGAGUGCCUAAAGUUGCGACUGGAGCAGAGGCCUGCUGGAGAACCUUCUUUACUCAGUAUCCAUCAGUUGGUGCGUGAGUGUAAGGAAGUUCUCAAAGGGGGUCUCCUCAUGAAGCAGUAUUAUCAGUUCAUGCUACGCGGUGUGGUCACUGAUGCUCAGGGCCUGCAGACCAACACUAAUAUUGAUGAGUUUGAAGAGGACCUGCACAAGAUGCUUGUGGUUUACUUUGACUACAUGCACAGUUGGAUCCAGAUGUUACAGCAGCUGCCUCAGGCCUCUCACAGUCUAAAGAACCUACUGGAGAAGGAGUGGCACUUCACCAAAGAUAUCACCCCCUACAUCCGCGGAGGAGAGGCCCAGUCUGGAAAGCUUUUCUGUGACAUCGCUGGGAUGCUGCUCAAAUCCACUGGGGAGUUCCUUGACGCCGGCCUGCAGAAGAGUGGCAAUGAGUUCUGGGAAAAUGCAGAUGACAGCACGGCCUCAGAUGAGAUCAGGCGGUCAGUGAUCGAGACCAGUCGAUCACUAAAAGAGCUGUUUCAUGAAGCCAGAGAACGAGCGUCCAAAGCUUUGGGCUUUGCCAAAAUGCUCCGCAAGGACUUGGAGGUUGCCGCAGAUUUCACCAUCACGAAUGGAAUGGAGUCUCUUUUAGAAGCUCUGAAGAAGAGAAACUAUGUAAAGGUCCAGAUUCCUGGCCUGGAGGAGCUGCAGGUGUUCGUUCCAUAUGGCUUGUUGGCUCAGCGGCCGCUCAUCAUGCAGCUGCUCAGUGCCGCUGCGGGAAAAGACUGCUCCAAAGAGCCCGAUGAAAUGGCGGAGGAUGAGGCCUUCCUGCUCAUGAGCAAACACUGUACCACAGACUUGACUGAUUCGGAAUGGGCCCAGUGGGACGGAGAGCUGGUCAAACUGGUUCCCACCAUGGAGAUUGUUGAUACUCUGAGGGCCAUGAAGGUGGAGAACAUGCUCAUGAUCGUGAUGCAGUCGGCUCACCUGGUGGCUCAGCGGAAAGCCGUCCAGCAGUCCAUGGAGGAUGUGCUCACUCUGAGCCGCGAGCAAACAUCCAGUCAGCCUCUUAUCGCCAGUGCUCUGGAGGAGCUCAAGGAUGAAGCCCUACAGCUCUGCAUUAGGAUCAGCUCAGCCAUUGACCGAGUGGAGUACAUGUUCACGUCAGAGUUUGAGGCUGAGGUGGAUGAGUCCGAGUCGUCAACUCUUCAGCAGUACUACCGAGAGGCAAUGAUCCAAGGUUACAACUUUGCUUUUGAGUACCACAAGGAAGUGGUGCGCCUCAUGUCUGGGGAGUACAGGCAGAGGAUUGGCGAGCGCUACAUAGCAUUUGCUCGGAAGUGGAUGACGUAUGUCCUGACUAAGUGCGAGAGUGGCCGGGGCACAAAGCCCAGAUGGGCAACUCAAGGCUUUGACUUUCUUCAAGCUAUUGAACCUGCCUUCAUAUCAGCGUUGCCAGAGGAUGACUUCCUGAAUUUACAAGCACUGAUGAACGAAUGCAUCGGACACGUGAUCGGCAAACCGCAUAGCCCCGUCACUGGCCUGUACAUCGCACCCAGAAAUAACCCUCGGCCUGUUAAAGUCCCUCGGUGUCACAGUGACCCGCCAAAUCCAAAUCUUUUCAUCCCCAAUGCUGAAGGGUUCAGCUCUCGAAGUCUCCCCUGCGACCUCCGGAAUCAGCUUUUCCCCAACGGCCCUCGGCCCGUCCCACAGGGCCCAGGGGAACAUGGACACACCAAAGCGCCCAGCGGCACCCCCAAUGACGUCAGGGGAUCCAGUUUCCAUGAGAAUGACCGCCUGUCGUCCGUCGCAGCAGAGUUGCAAUUCAAGUCCCUGAGCCGCCAUUCGAGCCCCACAGAGGACCGGGAAGAACCUUCUUAUCCAAAGGGUGAUUCCAAUAAUGCAACACGCAGGAGCUGGGAGCUCCGCACGUUCAUCAGCCAAUCAAAAGACUCAGCGGCCCGGCAGAGCCCGUUGGAAGCCGUCCGUCGUUCCAUCCGUAAGUUUGAGGACAAACGCUAUGCCGUGAUGCGGCAGCGCAACAUCAUCGGCCAAGUAUGUCACACGCCCAAGUCUUACGACAACGUGAUGCACGUCGGCCUCAGGAAGGUCACCUUCAAGUGGCAGAGGGGAAACAAGAUUGGUGAGGGCCAGUAUGGAAAAGUGUACACCUGCAUCAAUGUGGACACUGGAGAACUCAUGGCCAUGAAAGAGAUCAGAUUCCAGCCAAACGAUCACAAAACGAUCAAAGAAACGGCAGACGAGCUAAAAAUCUUUGAAGGCAUCAAGCACCCAAACCUGGUCCGUUACUUUGGAGUGGAGCUCCACAGGGAGGAGAUGUACAUCUUCAUGGAGUACUGCGAUGAGGGAACGCUGGAGGAAGUGUCCAGACUGGGCCUGCAGGAACACGUCAUCAGGCUGUACAGUAAACAGAUCACCACUGCAAUUAACGUCCUCCAUGAACACGGCAUUGUACACAGAGACAUCAAGGGAGCCAAUAUUUUUCUAACAUCUUCUGGCCUCAUCAAACUGGGCGACUUUGGAUGUUCCGUCAAAUUACGGAACAACACUCACACUAUGCCGGGUGAGGUCAACAGCACCCUUGGGACGGCCGCAUACAUGGCACCUGAGGUCAUCACCAGAGCAAAAGGGGAAGGUCAUGGCAGAGCAGCAGACAUCUGGAGUUUAGGCUGUGUCCUCAUUGAGAUGGUCACAGGAAAGAGACCGUGGCAUGAGUACGAGCACAACUUUCAGAUCAUGUACAAAGUGGGCAUGGGCCACAAGCCCCCCAUCCCCGAGAAGCUGAGCACAGAGGGCAAGGACUUCCUGGGCCACUGUCUUGAGAGCGAACCCAAACGACGCUUGACGGCGAGCAUGCUGCUCGACCACCCCUUUGUCAAGGUUUGUACAGAUGAAGAGUGAACACUCGUAACUUUUGGACUUUCUCAGCAUGCACGCAGUUGACAACACAAAUGUGGACAAUUUGGCUGAAGGCACAUCCAUUUAAACUGAGGAACCAACAGUAACUCCACGUAGAGGACAAGUAGACCUUUGUCUUUUUGAUUUUAAGUGUAUAUUAUGUAUGAAUAGCAUCUGCGUUCUCUCUUGUAUAAACAAUAUUGUAAAGUUGAAAUUAUCGUUCUCAUUGGUGAAGAAGCCUCAGAAAAGGCAAUGAGAAUUUUUAUUUUAUUUUUUUUAGCAAAAUGGGGUAGGGUUUGGAUGGUGUGGGGGUAGAAACCUUAUGGCACUUUUAAACUGUUUACCCAAGGGGGCAGCUAGUUGAGGAAAGAAUCUCAUUUCAGUUGACCUUUGAGGGGCUGGGAAGGGGGGGGGUGCAUUUAAUAGAAGGAACUGCAGUUUUUAUGACAUGGACACCAUCCACAUAUUCAUAUUAUUUAUCACUUGCUAAGCGUGAGCAAUGAGGAUUAUUAUUUGAUUUUGCUGAGUAGAUGUCAAAGUUGUUGGCGAAAAGCUGGCGUAUGACCCCAUUCCAGCCCAGGUGAAGAGAAAUUUGGUCUGCCCCCACUCUGCUGCUCUUAGUGCUUUGUACAAACAAUAUUAAUAAACAAUCUUUUUUUAAAGAGGCUUGUGUAUCAUUUUCAGUACAAGGGCUCCUAAUACUGUGCCUGUCCGUUGGUUCUUUUACGUGCUGUGGUUUCUUAGCACUUCUUUUGACCAAAUUCUGUCAAUGACUUUUUGUCAAUUUUAAAAUAUCACCUCAGC